CCGCAGUGCCUGGCGCUCGGGAAGAGGUGGUUGUGAGGGGAACCAGUUCGUGGCUCUCCGGUUCCGAGGUCUGAGGUUUGUCGGAGGAGGGAGAGGGCGGCGAGCGACAACAAUCUGCUGCAGCCGGUCCUCGGCGACUUUCCCGCUGACCUCCGCGCGACGUACCCGCCGCCGCUGUUGGUUGGAGCAUUUGACAUUGUGCAGCAAAGAAAUGGUUAUGGAGAAGCCCAGUCCGCUGCUUGUAGGGCGGGAGUUUGUGAGGCAAUAUUAUACUUUGCUGAAUAAAGCUCCAGAAUAUUUACACAGGUUUUAUGGCAGGAAUUCUUCUUAUGUUCAUGGUGGAGUAGAUGCUAGUGGAAAGCCCCAGGAGGCAGUUUAUGGCCAAAAUGAUAUACACCACAAAGUAUUAUCUCUGAACUUCAGCGAAUGUCAUACUAAAAUUCGUCAUGUGGAUGCUCAUGCAACCUUGAGUGAUGGAGUAGUGGUCCAGGUCAUGGGUUUGCUGUCUAAUAGUGGACAGCCAGAGAGGAAGUUUAUGCAAACCUUUGUUCUGGCUCCUGAAGGAUCUGUUCCAAAUAAGUUUUAUGUUCACAAUGAUAUGUUUCGUUAUGAAGAUGAAGUAUUUGGUGAUUCUGAACCAGAACUUGAUGAAGAAUCAGAAGAUGAAGUAGAAGAGGAGCAAGAAGAAAGGCAACCAUCUCCAGAACCUGUGCAAGAAAAUGCUAGCAGUGGUUACUAUGAAGCUCACCCUGUGACUAAUGGCAUAGAGGAGCCAUUGGAAGAAUCGUCUCAUGAACCUGAACCUGAGCCAGAAUCUGAAACAAAGACUGAAGAGCAGAAACCGCAAGCGGAGGAGAAGAACUUGGAGGACUUAGAGGAGAAGUCCGCUUCUCCUCCUCCCGCUGAGCCUGUGUCUCUGCCACAGGAACCACCAAAGGCUUUCUCCUGGGCUUCAGUGACCAGUAAAAACCUGCCUCCUAGUGGUACUGUUUCUUCCUCUGGAAUUCCACCCCAUGUUAAAGCACCAGUCUCACAGCCGAGAGUGGAAGCUAAACCAGAAGUUCAGUCUCAGCCACCUCGUGUGCGUGAACAGCGACCUAGAGAACGACCUGGUUUCCCUCCUAGAGGACCAAGACCAGGCAGAGGAGAUAUUGAACAGAAUGAAGCUGAUAACCGUAGAAUAAUUCGCUAUCCAGAUAGUCAUCAACUCUUUGUUGGUAACUUGCCACACGAUAUUGAUGAAAAUGAACUGAAAGAGUUCUUCAUGAGUUUUGGAAACGUUGUGGAACUUCGCAUCAAUACCAAGGGUGUUGGGGGAAAGCUUCCAAAUUUUGGUUUUGUGGUUUUUGAUGACUCUGAACCAGUUCAGAGAAUCUUAAUUGCAAAACCAAUUAUGUUUCGAGGGGAAGUACGUUUAAAUGUGGAAGAGAAAAAGACAAGAGCUGCCAGAGAGCGAGAAACUCGAGGUGGUGGUGAUGAUCGCAGGGAUAUUAGGCGCAAUGAUCGAGGUCCUGGUGGUCCCCGUGGAAUAGUGGGCGGUGGAAUGAUGCGGGACCGGGAUGGAAGAGGACCCCCUCCAAGAGGUGGCAUGGCACAGAAACUUGGCUCUGGGAGAGGAACCGGGCAGAUGGAAGGCCGCUUCACAGGACAGCGUCGCUGAGGCUCCACUGUUGGCAAAGUUUUGGCAGUGGUACAUUAUUCAUCGUGUUUGCAUUCUUGUUAAUUUUUUUUGGCUUUGGAAUGUGACACAGCCUUUUUGAUCAUUUCUUUGAUGUGAAAAGCAUCUUUUGGUUAUCAGUUAAAUUGAGGUGGACAUUAUUUCCCCAGUUUUACAACAGGAUUCGCAUUGUUAAUUUAUAAAUCUAGACUUGGAGAAUUAAGGACUGAGAAAUGACCAUAUCUUAAACUGUCUGCAACAAAAAUGAACUUAAAAGGACAUGCCCAACUGAAUUCAGGUCCUUUGAGUCAAAAAAAAUCCUCUGCUGCACAUUUUGUUUAAGUGUUACUGUUUCUGCCUGUUAAUGUUGGAAACACAAAUAGUGCAAUUUGUGCAAUUGGAGAAACUUGCCUUUUUCCUUGGCUCCCCCCAAAAAUACAAACCAACAGAAACUUGUUAUGCACUAAUGGGUACUCUGAACUCAUUAACAUUGACAUCUGCAAAGGAGGCAACAGGGGAAAAAAUCUUUCAUCUUUUUUUCCAGUAGCGCAUAGUUGUGAAAUGAUGAGGGCAUUUUUACCUGCUUGCUGUGACCAGCGUGUGUAUACAUAAACCUUAACAAGACUACAAGUAUAUUCCAGAAGGAAAUCAUUUAGUUAUGAACUAAAUAACAAAAAUCCGAACUUCAAAUGCUGUGGUCUUGAAUAUUAGACCAGAUUUAGUAGCUCCAUAUCUAAGAUUUUUCUACCUGCCCCUCUUCAGUACAGGGAUGGCUGGCUGCUCAGCACACUCCUCCUCCCCCGUUUCCUUUCUUUAAGCUGUGUACAGUGAAAAUUGUCUUUACUGUAUUCUGUUCUCUGGUAAUGUAAUGAGCAUGAUGGUGCCUUCUAUUAAUACAUCAUUCCAGUCUUGCUGGUAAUUUUGUACAGUAUAGUGUAUGAAUUGCUGUGCUGCAAAGCCAAACAGCUACAAAAUGUUGAAAAAUCAUUGAAGUGUAUAAAAAUUGCAGUAUCUUUAAAAUCAGUAAAAUUGACUAGCAUAUUAUUUACCUUGUUCUUCAGUUAACAACUUUGUGUUCUCUGUGGGAGGGAGUCUUGUGUGUUUGGGAGGGAGGGGGAAGGAGGAAGUCAGUUAUUUGAGUAAGUCUCUUGUUGACUUUUCUGUUAGCCUGAAUGUGAACGUUGAAGCAUAUCACUUGAGAGGUGCUGGAAAAGUCAAUCAACUUGAUGCACAUUUUUAGUGACAUUUUAAAAGCAGUCAGAUUCCAUAAAUGGCAAGUAAACCUGGAGUGAGGAUACUGCAAUUUUCAGAGAAAAGAACAGCAGCUCUUAAGUGUUUGCAUUUCUAUUUGGGGGGCAGGGAACUGUCAUUCAUUUUGCACAAUUCUUGAACCGAUGUCAGCACCCGAGUGGCUCUGAAUUUAAGUCUGGGACGACAUCUUUUAUUUUUACAUGAAUUUCUAAACAAUUCUGUGAGCAAAGUUUGUAGCUGCUGGAUUAUUGUCUGUCUUUAUAGCAAGUUCCAGUAAACCACAAGUAUGACAAAAGGAUAUCCAAUUUUAUGCUUGGAGCAUUUAGUACCUACUAGUUUCUGGAUGUUUCAGGCUAGGAGUGGGGUAAAUAAGUGUGACCACUUAAAGCUGCUUGUUAGCAUGGAAGACUUCUCCAUUCUAUCUUAGUAAAAACAAACAAAAAAUGCACUUGACAUAAUAGCAAACUGGUUCUGAAUUAUGGAACUGUGUUUGCUGUUUAGUAAACUAGCAAAUGAUGCACAUGUUUUGUUUUUCAUGUACUGGGCGGUAUAAGUAAAAUUAAAUCUGUCCCUUUUUUUCCCCCUUGAAUGAGGUCUUCCAUGUUCGAGGAAAAGUCUUGCACUAUUGCGUAUAUUUUGGGGACACAGAUUUCCCAGUUUCCCUUUUGGGGGG